ACUCAUACAGCCGACUCGUCCGCGGCGACACGUCGCAACUUUACAGUAUAGAGAACAGUGACAGUGAAUGAAGAAAACCCUCCAGGAACCAGGAUGUUGUCUUUGGCCACUGGAGCCAGACGAGUUCUGACCACUAAUCGAGGGAGAUUUAUGAGUGAUGGCAAUUACAGGCUUACCUGUUUGCCAGAGUUUGUCUCCAGGACCAGAAACAUGGGCCAGUCGUUAUCCUGCUCCUGUUCCUUAAAGCAUUACAGAUGCUUUAGUGCAACAUCUGCUUCAUCAUCACCUACAGCCAAUCGGAAAACACCCUCCUACAGUUAUGUCAUUGUUGGAGCGGGGUCAGCGGGCUGCGUUCUUGCCAACCGCCUCAGCGAGGAUGCCCAUGAGUCUGUGCUGCUGCUGGAGGCUGGACCUAAGGACAGGUUGCUAGGCAGCAUACGACUAUCAUGGAAGAUCCACAUGCCUGCUGCGCUGACCUACAACCUCUGUGAUGACAAGUAUAACUGGUACUACCACACUUUACCUCAGACUCACAUGGACAACCGGGUGAUGUACUGGCCGAGGGGCCGUGUCUGGGGCGGCUCCUCUUCCCUCAAUGCCAUGGUGUACAUCCGCGGACACGCUGAAGACUACAACCGCUGGCAGAGAGAGGGGGCCGAGGGCUGGGAUUAUGAACACUGUUUGCCUUACUUCAAGAAGGCUCAGCAUCAUGAGCUGGGAGAAAACAGGUACCGGGGAGGGAGUGGACCUCUUCAUGUGUCUAGAGGGAAGACCAACCAUCCCCUUCACAGGGCUUUUAUUGAGGCGGGACAGCAGGCAGGAUACCCCUUCACUGAUGACAUGAACGGAUACCAACAGGAGGGCCUGGGCUGGAUGGACAUGACCAUUUAUGAAGGAAAAAGGUGGAGCACAGCCAGUGCCUACCUGAGACCCGUCCUGGGUCGACCCAACCUGAAGGCCGAGGUGCGCUGUCUGACCACCAAGAUUCUGUUUGAUGGCAACCGCGCCGUUGGAGUGGAAUACACACAGAGAGGACAAAAGAAAAGGGUGUUUGCAGAUAAAGAGGUGAUAUUGAGUGGAGGAUCCAUCAACUCCCCUCAGCUUCUCAUGCUGUCUGGGGUGGGAAACGCAGAUGACCUGAAACAACUCGACAUCCCUGUGGUUCAGCACUUACCAGGUGUUGGCAGUAACCUGCAGGAUCAUUUGGAGCUGUACGUCCAGCAGCAGUGCACUCAGCCCAUCACCCUUUUCAAGGCUCAGAAACCUUUCCAAAUGGUCAAGAUAGGCCUGGAGUGGCUCACUCGGUUUACUGGUUACGGAGCAUCAGCCCAUAUGGAGAGUGGAGGGUUUAUACGCAGUCGACCACACGUCACACAUCCCGACAUCCAGUUUCACUUCCUGCCCUCACAGGUUAUCGACCACGGACGAGUUGCCUCCAAGCUAGAAGCGUAUCAGGUUCAUGUUGGACCAAUGAGAAGCACAAGUAUCGGCUGGAUAAAGCUGAAGAGCGCCAACCCUUCCGAGCACCCAGUUGUGCAGCCAAACUAUCUCUCCACUGAUAUUGAUGUGUGGGAGUUCAGGGAGUGUGUCAAACUCUCCAGAGAGAUAUUUGCCCAGAAGGCUUUCAAUCCUUUCCGUGGUCCCGAAGUCCUGCCCGGUCCUCAGGUCCAAUCUGAUGCCGACAUUGACGCUUUUGUCCGCCGGAAAGCUGAUAGUGCCUACCAUCCGUCCUGCACCUGCAAGAUGGGCUCGCCAAAUGACCCGAUGGCGGUCGUUGACCCCAACACGCGUGUCCUGGGUCUGGAGCGGCUGCGUGUGGUUGACGCCUCCAUCAUGCCCAGCAUCGUCAGCGGCAACCUCAACGGGCCAACCAUCAUGAUGGCAGAGAAGGCUGCUGACAUCAUCAGAGGUCGCCCUCCUCUUGUCGACCCAGGGGUUUCCGUGUACCGGCCGCCAACACUCGACACGCAGAGAUGAACAGCGUUAAUUAGAGAAAUAACAGCAGACACCAUUUAGGACCCAAUUAAAGGGUAAGUGUUGGUCAGGAAGCGUUCACAGCAUAAUCAGUCAUUACGCACCAACAGCUGAUCAUUUUGCCCUUGGUCUGAUAUUGUAAAUUUUAAAAUUUGAGCGUGUUGUGUUGUUAACUCAACUGAUUUGCACACAAUAUAUUAUAUCAGUGUUAGAUGUGUAGAAAGCGCAACCUAAAUUCAAGGCCAUAUUUUUGCUGCUUUACCUCCUAAGCCACAGCCUCCCAUAUAUAAAAGAAUGGUUUCCUCCGUUCUGCAGUUAGUGAGAUUUCAAUGACUAAAACCAACCUUUUGUUCAGGUUAACUGGGUUGACUCCUCACACUGUAGCAGAGUGUGUGUGUGUGUGUGUGUGUGUGUGUGUGUGUGCCUCCUUCCCAUUAACACUAACAAUGCUUCUAUAACACUUCAACCACACUCUAUUAUCCUGAGAUUAUUGACUCUGAGGUUCAAGUGAAAUUCCACAGAGCAUAAUGCUUUGUAAAAGGAAGAUUUGACACCUGUCACCACCACAAUUUUGCAAUUGCUUUUGCCCCUAUUCAUUUUGACUAGAAAAGUUUUUUUUAACACCACCACAGCCCGUCCUAGAUUGUGUUUCUUCAUCAGAUAUUCAGCAGCCAAAGUUAUGAGUGAUCAUUGCUCUUGUUGUCUGACUGAUGAUAAGCAAACUGGGUGUCAUGCAGUUUGUUUUGUCUGUUAAGAUCAGUUGUCACCCAGGUUACGUUCUUCUUCCUUCCUGAAAAGUUGCAGAUUAAACAGUUUGACAAAAUAUUGGUUUGGUAUGUUGCACGCAUUUUAAAUCAGCGAGGAAAAAUAAAAAAGAGCAUGUUCAAUUCCACUUGUAGUAAAUAGAAAAGAAUCAUUUAGCCUCUUCUCAUAAAACACAGUUUGUUGGAGCCAGAUUUCCAGGCUGACAUAAAUACGCUUGUAAAUUCCAGAUGCCGUCAUCUCAAGUUGAUACACUAGGAUUAUUUUAACGUUUUUGAAAGAACUGCUUUGGGUCCAGAAUUGAAUUUUAUUUGCUCUGAUCAAGAUUAAAACUAAUAGGUCCUGGUCUUGGACAAUACUCUUCACUGGCAAUUUAGUAGAAAUCUGGAAGGGGUUUGCCCAAAAAUCUGGUAGUAUGAAUUCGAAUUUGGUUGUAUACAUUGUUUCCGUACCCGGGUUGAAACCAGUCACUUUAACUGUUGUAGGAUCUGUCUGCAGUGAGACUGCAAUCUUCACUCCCACAGGAAGAAAAUUAAUGUGCUAUGUGGUGAAACCAUUAUUUGUUGCAUUGUUGUCAAGACAACAGUAGGGAUAAAAUCCCCCACAGAUAUGAGCAGAGAAACAUGUACAAGUCUGUUCUCCCUAGGAAAGGUACCCUUACUGCUGCUGUUCUAUCAAGUAUUAGUUCACAACUUUCAGUUUCCAAAUCAAAUCUGGCUAUUAUAGACUAGGGCUGCAACUAAUAACUAUUUUCGUAGUCGACUAAUCUGUUAAUUAUUUAUUUGAUUAGUCGACUAGUCACAAUUUUUUUGUCACCCCCUAACCCUAAUUAAACCAUUUAACUA